UCUUAGCAGACACCAAUGACGCCGGAGUGCAUCAGCAGCGGCAAUGAUAAGAGUUUGUCGUCGGGUCAAAGUAUCACUGGACGUAAACAGAAGCCGUUGCCGCCACCGCCAAGAUAUCACGCGCGAGUAGUCCGAUCGAACGGGACACGGACGCUGCUGCUUCGUUUCGGCAAGAGUGUGAGACUUCUCUUCGAGCUUCGAUUUCAAGGAAAAAAGAUGCAGAUCAAGGACAAGAAGGCCAUGGUCAUAGGGGCCUGCGAUGGUCUGGGCAUGGCGUUCAGCAAGGAGCUGCUUCGAAAUGGAGUGGCCCGAGUACUGAUGAUCGACAUGAACGAGACGUUGGGGAGAGCUCAAGCGGACAGACUGAACGAAGAAUUUGGCCGCAACAGGGCGACCUUCACCAAGUGCGACGUGACCAAGGGUUCCGAAUUCGAUGCUUGCUUCAAAGACGCCGUUAACACGCUCGGCGCUCUCGACAUCAUCGUAAACAACGCGGCGAUGAUAGACGAAGUGAACUUCCACAGAACGAUAGACACCAACGUCACGGCAGUCUUCCGAGCGAGUAUGAUGGGAGUCCAGCAAAUGGGCAAAGACACAGGGGGCAAAGGAGGCGUAAUCGUGAACGUCGCCUCGGUUCUCGGUCUCGAGGCUUGUCCUCAGCUGCCUAUCUACUCGGCCACCAACCACGCCGUGAUCGCCUUCAGUCGAUCGUUCUCGCAACCCUACCACUACCAGAGGACAGGUGUGAGGCUGAUGGUACUCUGUCCGGGGCUGACCGAGUCGCCGAUGUUGGAGAACUUGAAGAACGAGCAGUUCGUCCCGAGGCCGGAGGAGCUUUUGGAAGCCAUGAAGGAGUUUCAUCCGCAGAGGGCCGAGAACGUUGCCCACGCGUUGGUCUACGUGAUAAGGUGCGCGCAAAACGGUAGCGUCUGGAUCACCGAGGACAGCAAGCCCGUUUACGAGAUUCAACUGCCCGACUCUCUGCCGACCAAAGAGGCGUAUUGAGGCGAAGAGAUAUCGAGAGUGUUCUUAUCCAUGUGCGCAAAGUGGAUGCGAACUGCAUCGAGUAAACCAAGUGAGAUUUUUUUUUGUUGAAUUAAUUUGUUGUUGCUGUUGGUUUUGUUUAAAAAAUGUAAAAUACGAAAAAAAAAUUUAAUAAAGAUAAAGUAAAAAAGA